GUAAACAAAACAUCAUAAGCAGUUUUCCUUUUGUGUUUGAUCCGAGUGAAAGUAAGAUAUGAAAUAGGUUUUAGAAAAAAUUAAUUAAUAAUGAAUACAAAAUUGCUAUUAACCUUCUCUAGAUUUUCACUGAGAAUAUGCACAACAAACCGUAAUAUAUCGUAUGUACAAGGUCAAAGUCCAGAUUCAAAUUCUCGUGAAUAUUUUUAUUUUGUUGAUCAUCAAGGAAUGCUAUUUUUGGACGAUUCAAAACUGAAAAAUUUUACAUCAUGCUUUAAAGAGAAGAGAUUCUUGCAGUUUUUUUUCAGAAGAUUGAAACUUAAUGAUACUGGUAAAUAUCAGAAAGAAUUUCCUUUUUUAUCUCCUUGUGGUAAAGAGAAUAACUUUGUAAGAUGUGAUGAUUUACCAAUAGUUUUUACUAACAUAUUGCACACUAUGAAUGCCAAUGAUACAGAAUAUCUCUCUUAUUGUUAUACUGGAGAUGCUUUGAAAAUAAAAUUUGAGCCUGACAAACUAUGUAUGUUACCUGAGAGUGGUCGUGUUUAUCAUCCAGGCCCAGAAUCUACUGGUGGAGUUGGUUUAAUUAAAUCAUCUUUCACAAUAGAGCUGAGUCAAAACUUUAUAUAUAAGGAUAAAAACAAUACAGAUGAGAUGCCCAUAUCUUUCUUGUGGAAUGGAACUGAAUAUCCACUGACUGAUGAAACUCUUAAAAAACUUAAAAUUUUAAAGCAGAGACUGAAUUUUUUCAAUCCUUAGAAAGUGCAUAUUUAUACAAUGAAAAUAGAUCAAUUUGAUUUGUUAAAAAUUUUGUAAUAUUUUUUUUUAUUUUAUUAAAUGAUAUUACCAUAUUAUGACAGAGAAAGAAUACUACAUAUUUUGUAUCAUUUAAUUACUGGUAAUAUUAUUUGACAAAAAAAACUGAAGUCUUCAAAUUUUUUAUAACAUUAUCUUUAAAAGGUAGAUAAAUAUGUGAAUAACUAAAUGAUGUACUUUUUGUCUAUACUUCAAAAGACAUGCUGUUAAUGCAAUUCAGUAACCAACUACCAUCUUAUAGAUCUCAAAUUUAUCUUUGCAAAUUACACCCAACAGUGUGAAAUACCAAUUCCUUUUGAAAAAUUAUACCAUUGGAUGGGGGGGGGUCCAUGUUUUCUACAAAUAGUUUAAUCUACAGUUGGUGUGACCAUGUGAUUCCAUCGACCUAUUUCUCCUUAUGUCCUGUAGUUACACAAUUUUCAGUAUGAUAUACAAAAUAUGCCUAACUUUUUCACUGAUAUUUGAUUUUCCAAUUUAAAACAUAAGAUGCUCUAACUACUUUGUCAAAUUACAUUAAUAACCAUAUUGCUGAACUGAAGAAAAAUAAAAUCCUUUCCAAGCUAUUCUUUAUAUAAAUUUCUCUAAAACAUUUUCUAUAAACCAAAUGGAAUUUUGUAUGUAUACCAUAAUCAUGAAUGGUUGUCGUUUCAUUUUUAUUUAAUUUUGUAAUUUUGAGAAAUACAGCAAUUCUGCAUUAGCUUUUUCUGGGACCUUACUUGAAAUCCAACUUUACCAAUUCUGUUGUAAAAAUAAUGGUUGUUGAUUUUAAAAAGACUUCAGAUAGUGCUGUAAACUUUUCUAAUGAUCUAAAUUCAUUUCGUAUGAAUUAAUUAAUAUUUGACAUAAUCAAGGCCUCAAGUAGAGAUCUUUAAAAUGAAAAAUAAAAGUUAAAAAAAACUAGGGAAAGGGCUUUACGCUUGAAGAAAAUUUUUGGAUCAUGAAAACAUUAAAUACUUCAAGGGUGACUUUCUAUUUUUAUAAUAAUGAAUGUAUUUUUCUUUAUUUUUGUUCCAAAAUUAGA